AUGUCGAGGCCAAGAACCAUUCUCCUCUCUUCGCCAGCGUGUCAAAAGAAUUACAAUCUCCCAGACCAAAGAACCAGUUUGACCACCUCCUUUCAUCGCCGAGUACCCGACAUAUUACCAAAGAUUCGAGACGAACUUCUCAUCACCGAUGCGCAACAUGCUACCCUAGCCUAG